CAGGGGGACUUCAAAGUGACAGAGCGCAGGGUUUUAAUGAAGGAGCUGAUAGACGCUUUAGAUGACGGACGGAUUCUGGAGGUGUUCGGUUCGGGCACUGCAUGCGUGGUGUGUCCAGUUGGCAGUCUGCUCUACAGAGGACAGACUUACCAAAUUCCCACAAUGAAGAACGGACCGGACCUUGCCAAGAGAUUCCAUAAGGAGCUCACUGACAUCCAGUAUGGACGCACUCAGCGGGACUGGGCACCGGUGAUCAUCUAACUGAUCUGACGCAGGUUUCAUGUCUAAAACCUCUCAUCUCAGGUGUUAUUCUACAGUAACAACCUUUCUAAACAGAAAACCACCUAUUAAAUGUAUGCCGUCUUUCCAAAUGUCCUUACAUGCUUGCUUGGAUAUCCAUAUGGCACAAUUUGUAGCACUAGAGAUCGUCCUUAAACCUAAGCUCAAGCGUCAUAAGCCAUAAGCAACUAUAGGCAACAAGCAAAUAUUUUUUCCUUGCAAUAGUUACUGAUCCAAUCUGUAAACUUAUUUUCUUUCUUUUUUUUUUAUCAACCCAUCAUCUUUUGCUGUCUCCUAAAAUUGUAUUAUUUUCCUACAACUUCAACUUCGACAUCUGAGAAGGUUCAGACUUCAGCAUGUAAUAAUUUUAAUGUAAAUGUUCGUUCACUGAGCUGCUUGUUUGUUUGUGUAACAGGAGAACAGACGUCACGAUUUUCUUCCUUACUAGCAAGAGGACAGAGCUAUUAAUUUUGCAUCAAUUUAAACAGUUCUGUUUUUUUUUUAAAGACACUAAAUUGGUCUUUUUAUGUCCAAAUUUGUAAAGCAAGUGUAAAUGAUUGUAUAUGUCUGUUUAGAGAAGGACAAAGACAAUGUGUUAUCGCCAGAUUUAGAUGAUUUAAAACCAUGAGCUGAACUUAUGCACGCACAAAGGGCUUCGGGACGGCCCAGACAUAGCAGCUCUUGAGACCACUAGAAAAGUCUUGAUGUGAUAAUUGUAGGUGAUCAUUACUAGGCUCUGUGUGUGUUAUCUAUAUGAUAUCCAGAACAACAAUGUGACCUGUAUGUACAUGUGUUUGUGAAAUAUAUGAUGUUUACUGAACAUGUAGAAUGUAUCGGUAUUAACUUAUUUCUGGUGUUGUUUUAAUGGUUAGAAUACCUAUCGUUCAUUGUGAAACCCCCAUUUUUUUCUUCAUUUUAAACUUGUAUUUUAAUCCAUGCACUCCACAUCUAUUGUGUCUAAGUGCCUGAUGGAGUUGGCUGUUACUUUCUCUUUGUUGGCUGUAUCUUUCACAUUUUUACUGUGCUGAGGGGGCUGCUGCUGCUGCACUAAUGAUUGGUUUGUUUUGUUUGAAGGGUUUUUCGGAGUAGAUGUCUUUACUUUUUCUGUUACUGUAUUUUUUACAAAUAAAUUCCAUUUGCUUCCAAA